CGCCACCGCCGCCUUGCCGCCGCAGCUGCAGGGGACCGGCGGCGCGGACGCAGCGAGCAGGCGCUGGGUGCCUGCGGAAAGAGAGCCCACCAUGGCAGAUGAAAUUGAUUUCACCACGGGAGACGCUGGGGCUUCCAGCACUUACCCGAUGCAGUGCUCGGCCCUGCGCAAAAACGGCUUCGUGGUGCUCAAAGGACGACCGUGCAAAAUAGUGGAGAUGUCAACUUCCAAAACUGGAAAGCAUGGGCAUGCCAAGGUACACCUUGUUGGAAUUGAUAUUUUCACAGGCAAAAAAUAUGAAGAUAUUUGUCCUUCUACUCACAACAUGGAUGUUCCAAAUAUUAAGAGAAAUGACUAUCAACUGAUAUGCAUUCAGGAUGGUUACCUUUCCCUGCUGACGGAAACUGGCGAAGUUCGUGAGGAUCUUAAGCUGCCAGAAGGUGAACUGGGCAAAGAAAUAGAAGGAAAAUACAAUGCAGGAGAAGAUGUACAGGUGUCUGUCAUGUGUGCCAUGAGUGAAGAGUAUGCUGUAGCCAUAAAGCCCUGUAAAUGAGCAGGAUGUCGGGCCUGAGCAAACUGUUUAGGCCUGGUUCAAGUGCAGACCAACAGUUUGGUUCUCAGUUGUCACCAAAGCUAUGGCCUUCAUAAGCAACCUCAUGUUUUCUUUUGUUUGUAUUGUUUUGAAAUUGUGCUGGGUUAGUUUAAGUUACCAACUUAAAAAAAACUUAAAAAAAGCAAAACGUUCAAUUUUAUAAGUAACAUUCCUGUGGUUUUCAUUAUGUGAGUGGAAGAAACAGACACAACAGCUUCCACACAUGUCACUUGCCUGAGCAAGUCACUCCCGGGCUUUAGUACAAUGGUUAACAAACCAGGGACUCAAAUCACACGAUGUAGCAUCUAGUGGAAUGGAAAUACCGCGCUGUCAUGUUUAAUUGCCCUGCGUUAAUUUUGGACUUAAUGUCAUAGAAUUCAUAGCUUGUGGAAUGGAAUAGUCAGUUUUACCUUUGUGUGGCAAAUGCAAAACCCUAAACAAAGUGUCAGUUUUGGUAGCCAUGUGCAACCAUAUGUCGUCUCUGUUCUAGUAUUUUUUGUCAAACUGAUUGCCACUUUAUACCCAUAGUAUUGGCUGUAAUGACAGAAGGACAUUGAAUUGUUGGGUGAAUCUGAGCAAGUCUGACAGGUGGUGAGGAAGACAAAAGACAAUGGCAAAGGAGAUGUCAAAAGUAGACUCUUGAGGCCUUUGUAAUCAGCUUAAAAAUAGGAAGUGGCUUUUAAAUUGUAUUUUUGUUUUUUAGUUUUGUCCCCCAGCAUUGAAAAUACUGACCUGCUUUACAGGGUACUAUGCAGUUCUUCCUUUCCAACCAUGUUGAAUAAGUGUGCACAUUAUUCCAUAAUCCUGCCUUUCUAACUGUUUUGUUUUGUUGACAUUAGACUAAAACUGGGAAUUCUUAAGUUAGUUUGGAAUUCUUGGCUUUAAAUUGAAUGGUUCAAUUUAUGUACAUUUUGCUAAAUGAAAGUAAAUCAUGGAACAAAUGUUACUUUAUAUGAACUGAAAGUGUGCUCUUCCUGGUUGUCUUGCAACUUAAUUCAGUUACUGACGUGAAAUGUACUAGGAAGGAAUUCUAUAAACUUGGAUUAUUUUAAAACAUGUUAGGUGGCAGCCUUGCAUUUCUGUUUACUCUUGGGUUGUAUGUGCAUUAUGUCCGGAACUUGAGAAAGGUCCUUCAGGGUUUGUGAGGACCUUGAUACUAGCAGUCAUUAUAUUAGAGUGAACCUGAACAAAAUCACUUUCCUGGUGAUGCCUGGAUCUUCCAACGCCGGUUCUGAGAUCUCCUGUUGUGGCUGGACCUCAAAGGCUUUUGUUCCUGUCAUCUGGAAGGAAAUGCAUAUGAUUAUGUAACUGAUCUAAUCAGUGACUUGAAAUACAUUUGAAACAUAA